AUGAGCGGAAGUCUAACACUGAAGCCAACGGCCACGUCGUGCACCGGUCUUCCUAAAGAGGACUUGGAAAGUAUGCAAUCGCAGGAGGUAUCAAAGAGAAACAGUCAGGAAAAAAAAGAACUGGUUUUGAGAGACCUAACUGCAGAUUCAGAAAGUGCUAAUAACAAUGAGAAAGAGCAGCCUGAAAAGGCCAUCGCUCCAUUGUCAGGCGUCGAAUUCUACGUUUGUUUUGGAUCCUUGGCAUUGUCACUUUUCCUUGCUGCGCUGGAUAUUCUGAUUGUGGGAACAAUCAUGGAAACAGUCGCUGCCAAGUUCAAUGGUUACAGUCUGACAGGAUGGCUUGUCACCGGUUAUAAUCUGCCAAACGCGCUUUUGAGUCUACUUUGGGGCCGGCUCGCAACUGUGGUGGGCUGUAAAACCUCUAUGCUCCUGUCAAUUGUAAUUUUUGAAAUCGGAUCGCUGAUUUCCGCCCUAGCAACAUCCAUGAACAUGCUUAUUGCUGGACGGUGUGUGGCUGGUUUUGGUGGCAGUGGACUUCAAACGUUGUGUUUUGUGAUAGUCUCAACACUGGUAACUGAUCGCACAAGAGGCACUGCGGUAUCCAUACUGAGCAGUGCUUUUGCAAUCGCGUCGAUUGUGGGCCCUUUUCUGGGCGGUGUUUUUGCUACACAUGUAACUUGGAGAUGGUGUUUUUACAUCAAUCUGCCAAUUGGGGGACUAGCCUUUAUUGUUUUCCUGCUUUCCUACAAUCCAGAUCGUGAAAGCACCCUUGAGAACUUCAAAAACUUUUUAACCAAGGCAAAAAACGCCCCGUAUGGCCAAGUGCUGAAACUGGAUUUUUAUCGCAAGCUAUUACGCAUUGCGGUUUUCAAGUUUGAUUUCAUUGAAUUCGCAUUUUGCUCUGCUGGCUUCACGCUUGUUCUGCUUGGAUUAACUUUUGGCGGAAGCAAAUAUAGCUGGAGCUCGGGGACAAUUAUUGCCUAUCUUGUAGUGGGCAUUGUGCUCGUACUUGCUGGUUUGAUUUACGAUUUUGUGCUUUUUGAUAGAAUCAAACCCGAAACGGAGAGUAUCCCAUAUAUGCCGCUACUCUCUUGGAAAGUGAUCUUCAAACCGGGGGUUUUGAUUCCAAAUAUUGCCACCUUCUGUACAUGUUUCGCUUACAAUUCUCAGAUUGUUUACAUUGUGCAGUACUUUCAGCUUGUCUGGGGGAACACACCUUGGAAAGCCAGUAUCCACCUGAUUGCCCCGGUUAUUGCCACUGUGAUUUCCUUAGUCUUCUGUGGGGCAAUACUCAGGAAGACAGGUCAGGUCAAAGCUGUUUUGACUGUCGGAGGAAUAGUUGGGGCUGUGGGAUCAGGGGUAUUGACCUUACUCAGCCCAAACUCCAACAAUUCGGCCAAGAUUGGUCUAUUAAUCCUGCCCGGCGUUUCAUUUGGUUGCAUUCAGAAUGGCGCCAUGCUGAGUUCCCAGAUUCAGAUCCCUAAGGACCAUCCCCUUUACAGGUUUGAUUUCAUCUCUGUAACUACUUUCAAUGCUUUCACAAAAAUGCUUGGCACAGCCUUUGGCGGGAUUUUAUCGAACACGGUCUUCACAACUUCAGUGCAUAAUCAGCUUUCGCAUAUGCAUUCGCCACCACCUCACAGUGAUUCGGUUGACGAGCUCAUAAGCUACUGGUACACACAUUAUGGUGGGAGAGAUUCGGCUGAAGUUCGCGUUUUCAUGAAGGCGAUAAAGGAUGUCUUCUGGAUGGCGCUCGGACUUGCCGCUCUGGCAACAAUCGCUUGUAUUUUCUCUUCGAACAAAAGAAUGGGGUUCAAGCAGCCUGUGGCUGAUAAGGAAGCCAAUAAAGAGCAGUUGAAUGAGAAAUAA